CUUACGGGCGCGAGGAAACAAACUUUUAAAUUCAAAUAAUAGGAGCUAUAAGCUAUCAAGAGUUUUUUCUUGUUUUCAGCAUAUUUAAAAUAUCUUUGUGUAAAUAGGUAGCGAUGAACUAUCGCCACUACGUAUUUUAUUAGUUAACCGCAUAGCUUUAAAAUCUAUAAAAAUAGAUUAAAGUAUUCAAUCAGUAGCAGGUUCAUUACUUACCUACUACCUAAUUAAACAAUAAUUAUUCGGAGAGUGGUCUUAUGAAAUGAAGAUUUUAAACAAUGGUUCAGAUUCAUAUUCUUCACCUGCACGUAACAAGAUUGAUUUCUCACCCCCAGAGCCCAAUGCAGGUUUCAAAAGUAGCAACACAGGCGACUGCAAUGCCGACGAGAUAACUUUUAAAAUCGUUGGAGACUUUGGGAACUGGCAGUUCUGGAUAAGUUUUUCCAUGGCACUGUUGAAGUUGCCAAUCGCUUGGUACCAGUUAAAUAUAAUUUUCAUGGCACCACCUCAGGAGUUCUGGUGCGCGAAGCCAAAAUCAUUUAUCAAGUAUACGGAAGAAGAGUGGCGAGAUGUGUGUGCUCCUAAAAUUGAAGAACAUCCAUGCUUGAUCUUCGACCCGGACAUACUACUUAUCGAACCGGAUAUGGACAGAUCGCUGAUUCCACUAGUGACUUGUCCACAGUUUGUGUAUGAUGCCACGGUAUUCAGCCGUACGAUUAUAUCUGACUGGAACCUUGUAUGCUCUAAACAUUGGUACAUACAUCUUACUCAAUGUAUUAUGAUGUGGGGCGUCCUCCUCGGUAGUAUAAUUUUUGGGAUCAUAGCCGAUAAAUAUGGAAGAAAGACUCCCCUUAUGAUCGGCAUAACGAUGCAGUGCAUCAUGAGUUAUAUCACCAGCGUAUUGCCGUCUUACGCCAUAUUCCUCGUCUGCUGGUUCAUCUUGGCUAUAGCCUCUGGUGGUAUUGGUAUCAUAUCGUUUGUUAUCAGUAUGGAGGUUGUGGGAGGUAAGUGGCGAACAAUAAUACCCAUCUUGUACCAAUUGCCUUUUGGGCUUGGGAACACUGUAAUGGCAAUUUUGGCUUACUGGCUGAGGGACUGGAGGAAGCUAGAGUUUGCUUUGGCCACUUUAUCCUCAUUCUACAUGUUCUACUGGGUAUUCAUACCAGAGUCACCAAAAUGGCUGAUUGCUACGGCACAAAAUGAAAAGGCUUUAGAAGUACUACAUAAGGCUGCGCAGCAAAAUAACAGGGAACAAUACUUUGAAGAGAACAAAGAUUCAUUGCAGAAAUGUAAAAAACAAGUACGAGAUGAUCCAGGAUUUAUGACUUUUAUGAAGUCUGAAAGUAUGAGAUUGAAAACGAUGCUUUUAUCGAUAAAUUGGUUCUGUACUGGAUUAGCUUUCUUCUCAUUUUCCCAGUACCUCGGUUUUAUCGGCGGGAACAUUUUCCUAACGGUCGCAAUAAGUGGCAUCAUUUCAGUGUCGGGCGGGUUAAUUUGUCUUUAUAUUGUGACUAGAGUUGGACGGAAGACAACCGUGUGGAUAUUUCAAAUAAUAACGGCUUUCUGUUUUGUAUUUAUCUUCUGUAUACCGAAGGAUGUAUUUGCUAAUGACUGGCCAAGACUUCUAUUCGCCGGAUUGGGUUUUGCAGGCUUAUCCGGCACUGUACCAGCUCUGUAUUUAUUUUCCGGCGAGCUUUUUCCGACCAUAGGCCGUAACUCCGGCGUGGCUGGCGUGACCACGUUCGCGCGCAUCGCCGCUAUGGUGGCCCCUGCCGUCGUGAGCUUGGACGAGUUAAUGCCGGACCUGCCGCUGGCCCUGCUGGCUGUUAUGUCGUUCGGGCAGUUAGCCCUGCUAGGGCCGCUACCUGAAACUAAAGAUCAGCCACUGCCAGAUACUUUAGCAGAAGCUGAACAGUUUAAUAAAAGGAAAUCUAGAACGAGACAUGAAACUAGCAAGGAAAGAAUUAAAGACAUCAUGAUGCAGAAGUUUUAUUCUUAUACAAGUGAUUGACAACCAUAGUUUUUACAUUUAUGUUAUACUUAUUAUAUUGGG